ACCCCCCUCCCUCAUAUCUUUACCAAGCACAGGCAGGAAACAAGGAUUUUUUAUGACACGAAAGACAAGAUUAACAUUUAAGGCUGUCUAUUCACAUGAUACAUUUUCUCUCGCAAAAUGUUAUUAACUGUGAAGAGUUUACACAAAUAUUAGCGUCAUAGCUCUUUUAGAAGGACUUAAACUGUGGGAAAUCACCUCACUAUUCAACAUAUUGCACAUUCGUAUUGCAAUGUACAGCUUUACCUGCGGAUCUUGGGUACAUGAAAUGGGGUGUCAAUCCAGAGCACAACUGUGAAGAGUUUACACAAAUAUUAGCGUAGUGGUUUAAAAAUCACAUGAUCAAACGAAGCUUCAGACGUCAUUAAGCACGUAAUAAUGUUACUUUGAAACAAGCAUCAGUACAUUUGGUGCUUUCAGGACAACUGGUGCCGCGUUCUGGGAACUCAGAAAAAACGAGGUCAAAUCAUGACGUCAGUGAUUUUCAUGUCGGAAGUUGGAGCCAAAUUGUGGUCGCGGGCCAAGAAAGUUAGGUAACACCUGGUUUACUGGGAGGGGAUAUAACUCAAAAAUGUUGGUAUCAUCCAAGUAGUAUGCUAGUGUGUGUGUGUGUGUGUGUGUGUGUGUGUGUGUGUGUGUGUGUGUGUGUGUGUGUGUGUGUGUGUGUGUGUGUGUGUGUGUGUGUGUGUGUGUGUGUGUGUGUGUGUGUGUGUGUGGACUGUAGAUACACUGCAGCCCUUCUAUGCUACAGCAGACCCUUGGGAAAUAUCCACAGACUAUAUUUCACCUUGCUGUAGCACUGCCAUAAAACCCCUGAUACUUGGGGUUAAAAUCAAGGCAAGGCAUUCUGCUUAUGUAUAAUUUAAAUGCUUCCAACUGAGUAACUGUUUCAAUCAGAGUCCAUGUAUCAGAAGCCCAUUAGAUGUAACUGUCUGACAUGACUGUAUAAAUGAACCAGGAUAAAUGAUCUAACCAUGCAGACAUGUCUCCUGUCAAGUUUAGCCCAAGUGAUCUUCGUUAUUUUUCAAUGACAUUGUCUGUGAGAUCAAUUGUACCCUUGAUUCUCAAUCCCAGUUAUUUACAGUUUUGCUAUAUUUCAUGUCAGCAGUUGUUAUGAAUCGUAAUGAAUGGCUUUGAAAAUGUAGGCUAGUGUUAUGGAGCUGGUUAGAUGGAGUGUUGGUGCGAAUAGAGCCUCUCUUAAACCGGGAAGGAGAUAGUCGGUAGCUGUGGUUUGAAUUAGACGUGACCUCUAGCAGUGGGAUUCAAUUAAUGUAUGAUUGACUCUCUGUCACACACACGUCCUUCAUCCAUCAUAGGCUGGAAUGGGCUGAUUCAGUAGGAAUGGCCUGCUGAGUGAGUGGGACCUGAGCUUAGACAUCCGCCUCCCUUUUACAUUGUACACAACAAGUCUGACACGUAUUUAGGAGGAUAGGCUAUAGGUCUCUAGGUUGUUUUCUCUUUGAAAUACCCAGGUUUUCUACCUUUUUCAUGAUGUUCGGACUCGGAAUGCAGGCCCAGGCUAUAUUUGAUGGUAUCGAGGAGCUGUGUUCUAAGAGGGAUGAGCUGAACCGUCAGAUCCAGCAGGAGGAGGAGGAGAAGGGUCGUCUGCAGCACGACAUCCGUGUCCUCACCGAGAAACUACGCCGCGUCAACGAGAGCCUGGUCCGACGACACUCCGUCCGCGCUGACUUUGACCACACCAUCGGCGAGACCGAGGGUACCUUUAUGAAGAUUCUGGAGAGCUGUCAAACACUGCUGAGUGUAAUAAAGAAGGAAGCAGGAAAUCUCGGCAAAGCCACUGAACCCGGAAGGAAAGACCACUGACAUCCAGACUACCGCCCCUAAACCUUACCUCUCACCCAAACACCAGCAUUUCCCCUCACCCUUGUAACUGUGCACUGUUUGUACACUGAACAAAAAUAUAAAUGCAACAUGCGACCAUUUCAAAGAUUUUACUGAGUUACAGUUCAUAUAAGGAAAU